AUCAGGACCCGACACCACAGAAAACAGACACCCACAAAUUAAAGCCAUUUAUUUGCUGUAGGUGCUGACAAACCUCAAAUAUCACUGUUUCAGAAAUAACUCAUAUCACACAUAUUAUAAAAGCGAUACAACUUUCUGAAGUCUUAAAUUUUGCUAAUACGCUAGUUAGCUUAUCGGAGUAACGUUUUGUUUAACCGAAUGCGAGCAAGUCAUGGUUCCAGAAACGAUGGGUCUCGAGUCCCAGCAGCGGCAUGGACUCUGACCUGAUGAUUAAAGAGUACGUCAAGAUGUUGACUGACAUGAUCGUGCUGUGCGUCACUUUGGCUCUGUCUCUCUUCUUCUGGAUCCUGUCGCUCACCGUUAGCAGCUACUCUGGCACGUUGCAGCCUGUGUCGCCAUGGCGAUGGCUGUUCUCCAUCUUGGUUCCCUUUGUGGUGGUGGUCAGAGCUUUGAAGCGGCAGAGUUUAGACGGGUCUGGAGCUCUGGCAGCACUGCUGGUGGGGUUUGUCCUGACGAUGGCCAACUACAGCUUCUUCUCGUCUCUGCUGGUGUUCUUCUACACCUGUUCCAAACUGACCCGAUGGGGAGGAGCACAGAAGAAGAAAAUAGAUGCAGAGUACAAAGAAGGCGGCCAGAGGAACUGGGUCCAGGUCUUCUGUAACGGAGGAGUUCCCACUGAACUGGCGUUGCUCUACAUGAUCGAGGUCGGACCCUGUGAGAUCCCCGUUGAUUUCACCAAACAAUUCUCGGCCUCCUGGAUGUGCCUCUCUCUGCUGGGUGCCCUCGCCUGCAGCACCGGAGACACCUGGGCAUCGGAGGUGGGGCCUGUCCUCAGCCAAUCACAGCCUCGACUCAUCACCACAUGGAAAGAAGUCCCAGCAGGAACUAAUGGUGGAGUUACUCCCAUUGGAUUGGCUGCUAGCUUCCUUGGUGGGCUCACAGUGGGUGUGACUUACUUUGUAACGCAGUUGCUGUUGGUCAGCGACCUACACCUGGCCGCCCCCCAGUGGCCAGUCAUAGCGUAUGGGGCCGUGGCUGGCUUGUUGGGAUCGAUGCUGGAUUCCUUCCUCGGAGCUCACCUGCAGUAUUCGGGUUUUGACUCGAACAUCGGUAAGGUGGUGAGCUACGAAUCUGCUACGACCCAGCGGAUCUGUGGAAAACCAAUCCUGGACAACAACGCAGUCAACCUGUUCUCUUCCGUCCUCAUCGCAUUAAUCCUGCCAAAUUUGGUGUGGGGGGCGUGGCCACAAUAGUAAGAUGUGAAUGUGUAGGCGGGAACAAAAAAAAAGAGCACAUCAGCUUUCAGAGGUAUUCCUGUUUUUAAUUUGUGUGUCAGAGAAAAGGCACUAAACCAAACUGGAAGAGCGACACUGACUUGGAAUGAGACAAAAUAAUGUUUACAGGUAACAGUGAACGUUCACGCAUAAAUUAGUGUUAACAUGUCGGCUAAAUACAGCAAAAACAACAAAAAACCUGGAACGAACAAGAAAAAAUUCCUCCAAUGCUUCACUUUGGGGGAAAAAAAAAAAACAGCCAAACUUCAUGCAAAAGGAGUUCAUUCCUUUUUUGUGACUGUAAACAAAGUGAUUUUGGUGUUAGGUGUCUGAACCAAACCAUCCUGCAGCUCCGCGUGUCAUCAGGAAAAUGUGCACAUUUAUCGUACAAUGCUACCAUUUUACCGUUAGAGUUAACUUGUACCGGCUGUUAGUCAUUGAUUGCUCCUUACCGGCUGAUCGUUUAUGCGUGACGAACAACGGGGUUGUGGCUCGUAUCGCCUUCUGAUUGUCAAACGGCUAAUUGAUGACGCGACUUUGCCAUGUUGUCUUACAGUGAAAAUUUGGCUUU